CGAGGUCGACAUGGAGCCGUCCCAGCCCUGGCCCGUGUACCCAGGGGCUCCCCUGAACUUCACUUACUCCACCUACUGGUACAAUACGAACAAGCCUUUCAAGGACCGCAAUUUGCGGUACCUGGACCCGAAGUUCUUCGAGCACAAGGUGCACUGGUUCUCCAUCGUGAACUCUUUCAUGCUCUGCCUUUUCCUGUGCGCCGUUGUGGCCAUUAUCCUCAUGAAGACGCUGAAGCGCGACUUCACCCGCUACUCGGCCAGCGCCGACGAGGAGCUGGAGAGCAUGGACGCGGGAGGCGACGAGAGCGGCUGGAAGCAGGUCAACGGCGACGUUUUCCGACGCCCAGAUCACCUCGCGAUCUUCACCACGCUCUACGCCACAGGCUGCCACCUGGGCUGCACCGGCUUCACUGUCCUGCUCGUCGCCAUCACGGGCUCGUACUACGCGCAGCGCGGCGCAACGGCCACGUCCUUCGUCAUCUGCUACCUCUGCACCAUCAUGG